GCCGAGAGCAGACGUCGCGCCCGAGAGUGCAGCCAAGGCGGCCAGUCUACGCCGUACUAUGAGCGACCGGCGCGUGGCUCUCGCCAUGGCCCUGCUGCAGCUGCUGUUAGCCAGCGCGCCCCCGUCGGCGGACGCCUCGCUGGUUGAGAAAGACUCAACUAUCCCUUUAAAAAAGCAAGCGCAAGUCGCCACCAUUCGUUGUGCACAUCCUGACAGACUAAAGCAAUCGUCUGCAAGAUGUCACCCGCUCAAGCCAGCACCUGUGUUGUCCUCCCUGCCUGCCCUCAACGGAGAGAAGCCACCCCUCGGCAGGAGGAAUGGGCUUCCCAGUGGGGUAGGAACCCACCGUGCCUCGAAGAGGGCUCAGCCGUCACCUUUGCCGCGACCCGUGGACACUGUACCCACACUCACGCCCUCGCCCCCCUCGUCGGCAAGCUGGGCGGCUUCGCCGGAGACUCUGACAUCACCGAUGUCCGCGUCCAUGUUCUUCGCAAGCUCCGCAGUCGCUCCUCAAAUGGGAGAGUACGUGGGUACUGCAGAGCAUUCAGAAGUGAUCUCUUGCUGGGGCGAGCAGCCUCCAGACCUCGUGACGGCAGCCAGUUGCAUGGAAAGCUUCAUGGACCUGAAGCAGUACUGCAACACAUCAGCCUUCACAGAACAACCAGAGGGUGAACUCAACACCCCAAUCAUAGACCUUACCAAGGAACCAAACUUCGACAUACCGUCUAGGACGGUCCCUGGAAAUGACUCUGUCGACUACUCGUGGAGACUAAAUGAUACUAUGGGAUUAAAUGAUAACUACAGUAUUGAGGGGUGGAAGGAGACAGAAGAGUCAGAUACCCCUGCUGAAGAAAUGGAUAUAAUGAUUAGUGACAACAACAAUAACAAUAAUAAUAAUGAUGAUGACAACAACAAUAAUGUGGGAAGAGACUACACAGCCAGUGAAUAUACCCAACUCAAUCCUGUCCGUUACUCUCAUGAUGUGACAUUCGGCGAUAGUGCUAUGCCGUUAUUCACGAAGUCGGAACUCGCAGGCACAGAGACGUACACUACUACCACUACUGCGAUGACAGGUGACGAAGUGUUUCUCGUGGUCGACCGCGAAGAAGUGGUUCCGCCAGUUGCCGAAGAAGUGAUAGUGAAGAACGAAGGGUGGCCGCAGCACACGCGCCACGUCGUCGAGUCCGAGCCAAGUCCCGCACCUGACGACACUGCCGGAUCGAGGCACUCCGCACCAGCUCGCCGACGGCAUGGCCUUAAAGUCGAGUUGCCGGUGCCGAGUGUCUCUGCGGUGGCUUUACAGGUCACUCCGGGCACUGCUUCGGGAGACCUGUUCCAGUCGGUGCCGCAGGACUUCGAUCUCAUGAAGUUCCUCCUGGAGGACGGAAUGCCUGAGGAAGUGCCGGAUCCAUUGGCAGCCCUGUGCAGAGACGGGUGGGUGCCCAACUCGAGCUCUGCUCGUGUUGCACCCGCCGGCGAGAAAACUGCCCCUUCAGACGUAAAGGACGACUUACCCGACGUAAAGGACGACUUAACCCUCAGUGCUGACAAAGGACGGGACGACAGGACAUCGGAGACCGACCGGCAGCACAACACAGGCAAUUCGCGGGACACGAACCGGCAGCGGGAGAAGUUGCAGCUGGUCAUCCGGAAGACCGACAGCCCGGACGGCCACGAAAGUCCAUCAUACGCAGUUGUCCAGAGGCCGCAGAGGGCGGCUUCGAGGCGAGUCCUCCAGGCUAUCAAAGAAGAGCUGCAAGACGACUACGAAGAAGAAGAAUACUUGCCGGACGACAGCGAGUACGGAGACGAGCUCGAACGGGAGUCGGGCGACGGGCGGCGGACGACCGGGAGGAAGCGGCGUGCACCCCGCGGGACUCGUCGGGAGAGGGUGCAGCACGAGCCUCCGAGGCAGAGGAGGCGGACGGUCUCGACUUCGUCGGCCGAUGACGUCCCGAUCUGUCGCCGGUACAGGGAACUGAGAGACAAGAACAACGAAGCGUCACGGAGGUCUCGUGAAAACCGCAAGAUGCGUGAAGCCGAGAUGCAGGAGCAACGUGAGAGGUUGGAGAGGGAGAAUGCCCGGCUGAAGGUCCGUGCGGAGGAGCUGGAGAGGCUGGUGGAUGCCCUGCGUAAGGCGCUUGUCGCAGCAGUGUCGACGUCUGCCACCAGGCGGAGCACGGCGGAGACGGAGACGCGGACCGAGGACUGAGCUAAGCCCGUCCGCCUGCAGGUGGGCGGAGGGAAGAAUGAGGUGUAUUUCUAAAGGGCCCCGGGCAGGGUGCCAUUUGUAUCGUCCGCUGAUGGAGUUUGUGUCGGUGGGGUCGCAGGAGAAUCGGAUCGGUGAAGGCAUUUCGGAACGAGUGUGCAGUGAGAACUGUUUGGGAGGAAUUAAUGGACUGUUCCCGGGUAUAUGCCACCGAUGUCUAGGUACCGGUGGUCACCGUCUGGCUGACAGUUGUACAUGUGGAUCUGAUUGGGACUCUGUGUUCUGAGGAAAACUGGGAUUAGUUUGUGUAGUCUCUGUGUGUUGUAACAUUCACUGGUAUACGAGCGGUGAGAGAUACUUAAGUAUUGCUGUAUGCAUAGCGAGUAAAACUGUCAUCAUUAAGUUGAUUUUGUAACAUCUGAUAUUGUAAGUAAUUUAAGAGCAGGAAUAAGUGAGUUGUCAAUUGUAAGUAGUGCACAGUAUGUAAGUUGCAAUAAGUGAAGGUGAUUUACACUGCAGGAUGAAGGUAAACAUGUAUCAGUACAAAUUUUGUGUAUUGUUGAAAAGACUGACUAGAGGAACACAGUUCUUUUGGUAUUAAAGGAACAACAAGCACUUGGAAAGUUUUUGGGGAAAGUUUUUGCCUCUUCAGCAUUUUUGUUGGUAUUCUUAUUUUCUUCCUGUAGUUGAUGUGGUUGACUCAGGAGCUGUGUGGAUUGUAAGGGAGACAGCAUUACUUGUGCAUUAUUAACAUCACAUAACUGAAUUUCCCAAAUACGGUUUUAGCAUUGUUUCUAAUGUGUAAGAUUCCAUGUGUUGGAAAUAAUAUAAAUGAGUAGCCAUAAUAGGCACAAUGUAAAGUGUCCCAUUGAUACCAUACCAAUUUUUAAGUUACUUUUCUUGCCAGGCAAGUAUUUGUAGUGGCUUGGUAUUGUAAAUACUGACAAUGUACAUUGUCUUCUAACUUCUGAGAAAGAUCACUGUCUGACAGUGUUUAGCAGUCAAUACCUUUUCAUUUACAUGGUACACUGCAUGUACAAUCUUCUUUAUGUCUAUUAGCAUUUUUAAUCACUGGUUUUAUUCUGUGCAAUCUUCGAACAAAUGCAUGUUUUAUUAGUAAUCAGACUGGUCAAUGUGGUUAAAAGUGCAAAAUAAAAGUUUUAUAACAACUUCA